AUGAGUUGGCUACGCACAGCUGCAUCUGCAUAUUCCCAUAUGGCCGCUGAUCCUGAAUGGCCUAAAUUUGACAUUGUCGAAAAUAACAAGUCCUAUGAGAAACGUCAUUAUCAGCCAUUCACCUGUGCGGCAUAUUCAUUUACUGCUAAAUCUGGCGAUGAGCCUGUUAUGUCUAAUCUAUGGAAACUUGUUAAGUAUACACAAGGCGGAAAUGCCGAUGGUAAAGUCCUUAAAAUAUGUCUUCCGAUAAUGGUUAAAGUUCGACCAUCGUUAACAGCUGAAGCAGAAAAUCAAUUUACAAUAAUGUUAAUACUUGAUAAAGAUAAUAAUGCCAGUUCACCACCAACACCAACUAUCGAAGGUGUUUUUAUUUGCCAUCAACCUGAACAAAUUUUAUAUGCAAAACGUUUCGGCGGUUUUGCAAAAGAAAACGAUUGGAAACGAGAAAGUGCUCAUAUAUUAGAAAUAUGUAAAGAAUUAUCGAUUAAUCGGGCAGAAGUUAUUUCAGCAACAUACGAUAUGCCAAUGAAACUUUUCAAUCGACACAACGAAGUUCUAGUUGCUGAACUUAGUGAAAACAUUCCAAAUGGCGCAAUAGUUAAUGUUUCUUAA